UUUAUUUUUGUAAAAAUGAAAUUUCGAAGAAACUCGAUACCAUGCAAAUACUUCUUUGCUAUUUGUGUAAAUUUGAGACGCGUUAUAUCGUUUGCAGAGUUAUCAGAAAAUUACAGAUUUCUAUUUAUCGAUCGAGCCAAAUCAUUUCUCACUUUUUCUUUUUUUUUCUUUCUUUUUUUUUUUUUUUUUUUUUUUUUGUUUUUGUUUUAUUUUUCCUAACACGCUAUUUUAUAAAUAUAUUAUUAAUAAUAAUUAUUUAAUUUCUAGUUUUACGCUGAAGACUCGAGAUAGAAAUUUGAUGAAUAUAAAUAUUAUAAUAUUAAUAUGACCUUUGAGAUAGAAUAUUGUAUAAUGUAAAUAUCCAAAGAUGAGAUAAACGAUAUUAUAGCAUAUGUAAUGUUAAUCGAUGUUUAAUUUUUUAUAUAUAUAUAAAAAGACAAAAAUCGUGUAAUAUUAUUUCACUGUUAUACCUACAUUGCCUUCUUUUAGAAAUGUAUUGAAAAAGAUUUUGAUAUUUCAUUGUCACCAUCUUAUAACUAAUAAUUUCAUUUUUACAGGAAAAUUCAAAAUUAUGAUUUAUCUGCAUGAUAUCUUUUUUUUUUUUUUGUUUUAUUCUUUUAUUUUUAAUAUUUUUUUUCUUUUUUUUUCUUUUUCAACACCGAACAAUUUGGAUUUAGUCACAACAAUCUCACAGAACGUACUGCCAGCUACAUAGUCCGUCGGUAGAAAUAUCCUAUGACAUAUGCUCCUAUCGUCUACUCUAUAAUCAGACAAAAUAUCCAUGCAGUUAUGACAGCUUUUAUCUUCAAUUAUCUUAAAAGACAUAGAUAGAAAAUACUAGAGGCUAGUGAAUAAUGCCUACUAAUAAGGCUAACAUUUUCAAGAAAAAUAUCCAAUUCGUAAGAGGAUAAUGUACGACUAGAGACAAACAAAAGUUUCUUCGUGACGUUUGCAAAAAUACACGAGUCAUAAGUGGUUAAGCAAAAUGCAUACGAAGUCGAAGAAGGAUUCGUCAUAUGUCUGGAUAAAUCAACAUUAUGAAUUAAGAAUUCUCAGUAUCAAUAUGCUCAAAUGGGUUGGCUUAUGGACUCUUGAUACGAAUACUUCAUCUUUCUUGAAAUGUGUUUAUUAUAUUUACAACAAAAUCGCAAUUACUACAAUGAUAAUAUUCACGAUAACUCUUUUCGCUGAUAUUUGUAUGAUGUUUGACGAUCUAUCGAUAGUGACAGACGAUGGUUGUAUAUUUGCUGGAAUCACUGUAGUACUUUUUAACGUGAUCAAUUGUCAAUUCACACGUGAUAGAAUUGCUCGACUGAGCGAUGAGACGUUAAACUCUUGCGAGGAACUUUGUCAAUUGUCUGAAGUCAACUUUGCAGAAAAAUUAAAAUAUUAUCUAUGGCGAGAUAAAAUACCAUUUUAUAGUUUUUGUUCAUUGGGUUAUCUUUUGGUAAUCGCAUUGAUAUUUGUUACACCGACGGAAGGUGGAAAUUUACCGAUAAGAGCACGUUAUCCUUUCGAUACCAAGACAUCACCAGGACACGAAAUUGGCUUCGUUGUAGAAGCUUGUAGCAUAUUUUUUGGUGUAACUGCAAUUUUAGCGAUUGAUACAAUAAUAGUAUCUAUUUGUAAUUUGAUCCUCUUACAAUUAGAGAUAUUGAAUAUGAAUUUUCAAUAUUGUUCAACAACAGAGAUCAGACAUUUUAUUGAUAAGAACGAUGAUAAUAUGAUCGAAAGAGAUCGAUCGAUAAUGAUCCAAAGGAAAGAACCUCGAUAUAAUCGAUUCGAAGAACUCUUUGAACAAUACAUUCGACAUCAUCAACGAUUGGUGAACAUGAUCGAUGACUUGAAUGAUCUAUUUAAUUCUAGCAUGUUAGUUCAAAUGUUUUCAAGUACUUCGAUGAUAUGCCUAACUGGAUUUCAAGCUAUUGUGGUCUCUGGACAAGAUUCAAAUUUGUGGAAAUAUUCAAUUUACUUAGGUGCUGCAGUUAGUCAGCUUCUUUACAUAUGUUGGAUAGGAAACGAAAUGAUAACUCAUAGUUCCUCAUUGGUCGAAGCACAAUGGCUUUCUCAAUGGCAUAAUCAACCACUCGAUCGUAUUGCAAAUUUAUUAAUAUUCUCCUUCAUGUUUUCUCAAAAACCUUUGAGAUUGAAAGCCGGCAAAUUUUAUACAUUAUCUUUGGAGACAUUUAUCGCUAUAAUGAAAGGAUCGUACUCCUUCUUCGCUCUACUGAAUAGCAUGCAUUUGGAAGACGAUGGAUAAUUCUGAUGAUAAAAUUAUCAUUAUUUGGAUUCUAUUUAAAUCAUGAUCAAUGACAAUUUAU